AUGGAGCAAAGUCAAGAAGGACCCGAGGCGGCGGCGGCGCCUUUCCCGUCGAACCCCGAGGAGUUCGAUUCCGACGAGCGAAUAUCCUUCUCGAAGCUCGACAACAAGUUCCUGCUCGUCCAAGCCGACGGCGCCGAGUUCGAGUUUGACGACGCGCUGCGUAAAUGGCGGCCGGUAGUGGAUGAGGCGCUGCUGGAGGAGCAGCAGAAGGCUUACAUGGUGUCGGGCGUGGACGAGGCCGAGCCGGUCGAUGCGAUGAAGCGGAAACGCAAGAAGGAGUAUGUCAACGGGGAAGACGAAGGUGGACGUGCAAGCAAGGCGCCCAAGAAGGCAAAAGCGCCACUGCCCCCGCGACCCAAUACCGCAGUCUAUGUAACCGGCCUCCCGCACGACGCAACAGUUGCAGAAGUGCACGACGUCUUCUCGCGCAAGUGCGGGGUCAUCGCGGAGGAAAUCGACAGCGGCAAACCCCGGAUCAAGCUCUACACGGACGCGAAUGGGGCCUUCAAAGGCGACGCCCUUGUGGUGUUCUUUAAGGCUCCCUCGGUGCAGAUGGCCAUCACGCUGCUGGACGACACGGAGUUUCGAUUCGGGGAUCGGUCAAGCGGGAAGAUGCGGGUGCAGGCGGCCGAGAGCAGUUACAAGAAGGUGCAGCACACGGAUGGCGGUGAGGCUGGUAGCGCUGCCGAGACGGAGAAGAAGAAGACGAGUAUGAAGGACAAGCAGAAGAUCAUAAAGAAGACCCAGAAGCUCGAUGCGCGGCUAGCGGACUGGGGCGACGAGGAGCCGUCGAGCCUUGUCGAGACGAGCUCGCGCUGGGACAAGGUGGUUAUUCUAAAGCACAUGUUCACGCUGGAAGAGCUGGCCGAGGAUCCGGCUGCGAUACUGGACAUCAAGGAGGAUAUCAGGGAGGAGUGCAGUAAGCUCGGAGAGGUGACUAAUGUCGUGCUCUUCGACCUGGAGGAGGAGGGCAUUGCGAGUGUACGAUAUGCGAAUGGGGAGGCGGCCAAGGCGUGCGUGCGGGUGAUGGAUGGGAGGAGCUUCGCCGGCCAGAAGGUCGUAGCCUACAUCUCGGACGGCAAGGAGCAGUUCAAAAAGUCGAAGAAGAAGAUCGACGACGAAGAGGAGGCGGCGACUGACACGCCGUGA